UGUUCCUGCCAUUGUUCUGCACAUGAUAACAGUAAUUUGUUGUCCUUUCGCAAAGCGCUUUUGCCAUAGCGCUACGAUAAUGCACGAACGUGGAAAAGAUUAGAAAUUCGUUUCUAAACACAAAUGAAGGCUCCUGAAGUAAUGGCAGCUGGAAGAGGGGUCAUAAGUUUGCGAUUCAAUCAGGAUCAAGGAUGUUUCACCUGUUGUAUGGAAACAGGAUUGCGUAUUUACAAUGUAGAGCCCUUAGUAGAAAAAGCUCACCUAGAUCUGGAUCUUGUCGGGAGUGUUUGUUCCUGCGAAAUGCUUCAUCGGACAAACCUGUUAGCUAUUGUCGCGGGGGGUCCACGACCUAAGUUUGCCGAUAACACCGUUCUCGUUUAUGACGACGCUUCCAAGAAGUUCAUAAUGGAACUUACGUUUCCUGCUAGGGUGCUUGCUGUUCGUUUGCGGAGAGACAGGAUGGCGGUUGCUACCUGUAAUCAGAUACAUGUAUUCACCUUCCCGCAACCUGCUCGACGCCUGCUCACUCUAGAGACCAGGGACAAUGAACGUGGUAUAUGUGAGAUGAGUCCGAUGGCUACCAGUGAACGACAACUGCUUGCCUUCCCAGGUCACAAGCUUGGCAGUGUCCAACUUGUGGAUCUGGCAAGUACUGAAGCAGGGAGCUCAAGUGCACCUGUUACAGUCAAUGCACACCGUGGUGCAUUAGCGUGCUUGGCACUUAAUCAGCAAGGUUCAUUAAUUGCCACUGCAUCAGAGAAGGGCACGCUCAUUCGUGUGUGGGACACUGUGCGUCGAACUCUCGCAGUGGAACUGCGGCGUGGUUCUGAUCCGGCAACCCUAUAUUGCAUCAACUUUAGCCGGGAUUCAGAGUUUCUGUGUUGUUCGAGCGACAAAGGAACGAUCCAUAUAUUUGCCUUGAAGGACACCCAUCUUAACCGGCGCUCAACUUUCUCCAAAAUGGGCUUCCUCGGUAAUUACGUAGAAUCACAGUGGGCACUCGCCAAUUUCACAGUACCCCCUGAAUGUGCCUGUAUCUGUGCCUUUGGAUCACGUACAUCUGUUGUAGCUGUGUGCUUGGAUGGCACGUUCCAUAAAUAUGUCUUCAAUUCCGAUGGCAAUUGCAACCGUGAAGCAUUUGAUGUUUUCCUUGAUGUAUGUGAAGAUGAUGACACUUGCUGACAGCAGCCAGUGGUUCACAAAAACAGGGAAACAGUAACUUCUGUACAUAGUACAUUACAGACUGUGUGUCUAGAACUGCUUGCACUCCCCUGCAGGAGGAUAUUUACAGCUAUAUUUUACACAACUCAUUUGAAAGUGAACUGUUGUCCUUUUGUGCUUGCUAUUUGUGGAUUUUUGCUUUUGUACAAAUAUAUUACAAAUGUGUAUUUAAUGUGUUGACUGCUGUCCAGUAAUGGAAAAUUGUGUUUAUUUUGUCUCGAGACAUGCUUUCAGAGAAACAUUGUUUCAUCCGUAUACAGUCUUAAAAAGCAGCUAUGCACAAAUUAUUGUUUUAUUGUAAAUACAUCCAAGGGCUAUGUGUGCUAAUUCCACUGCCACCAGUUGUACAUAAAGUGCUCAGAAAAUGGAGAAAACAACAAAUAAUUUGUUUACUAUACAGCUAAUGGGAUAUUGUGUACGAAUGUGUUCAUUGUUAGGUAAAUGACAGACAUAAAUGGUGUUUGAUGAAAAGAUCUUUAAAUUUAAAAUUACGCAUUUUGCUAAACAUGGUGCACAUAUUGGUGGUUUUCCACAUGAUGGAUAUUUGUGUGUCACUUCCAGGAUUUUGUGGAAUGUGAUGGAGACAAUGUGAUUGUUUUUAGGGUAAGUGGAUCUCUGCAAAAGUUUGCAGUUUUUAUGUGUAAUCCACAGAGUUCCUGCUGUUCUGGAAUAUAGUUGUUAAUUUUGUUAGUUUGGAUAUGAGUACUGUUGGUUCUGUUUCAGCAUGAAAUAAAUUCUACAAAAAGCAUGACUUAGACGUUAGGAAUGUCUGUCUGUGUAAAAGAACCAAUAUCUAAGGAAUUUUUUAGGUUGUGUUGAAUUUCUCCCUACCAUAUCUGUACAUUAUAUCAGGUGUGAGGUAUUGCUAUAAAGGAAUUGUCACAGUGUGAUACAAUUAUUGAGCAUUCUCAAUUCAUCCAUGAUAUAGCAUGGCAUAAAAAUGCCGCUUAAAAGUAAUCACAUAUAGUUUUUUUCCAGGGGAUUCAUCAGAAGAUAAAAUUAGGGCAUCUGUAACAUAUUAUAUUUUCUGAAUACCAGUGUGACUGGUAGUGGAACUGAGAAAGGUGAAUGUUUUACUUAAAUAUUUAAUUUUGAUUUUUGUAAGCCAUGAACUUACAAAAAUUUCUUUGUUCUGAUUUUUGUUCUUCUUUGUGUUUGUAUACUUUUCUGUCAGUGUUGUAGCUAAAAUAGAGUAGUUCUUGGAAACAUUCAGUCAACCAGUUGUAAUAAAUCUUAUUCCCUAGCAUAUUUUUUGUGUCAUGCCCACUAAUUAUAAUGUGAAAGCAAGAUAAGGUGUUUGGAUAUAAGUUGGACAUACUUCUUAACUGCUUCAUUGAGAAUAGCCUUCUUUUACAUUAUGGUUAUAAAUAGUUCUUUACUUCAGGCAAGAGAAGAAAUCACUGCUUAUCUUCUCCGGAAUGAUUCAACAUUUGUUGUUCUAUUUCCUCCAGUAGAUGUUUGUGGUGUAAUGUACUAUUGUUCCUCUCCUCCUUGCUGAGCAUUUCUUCCAUUUAUGUCUCUGUGAUGUUCACGUAUUCUACUCAUAUGGCAUGCUUUCCCUUUCAUUGACCCAGUAAGUUGGUUUUGUUGGUGAAGUAUAAUAAAACCUGGGCAUUAGUUAAGUUUUAACUGUGCUCAGUGUCAACAGAUUCUAGAACAUGAAAUCACAUUUCUUGUCAGCUUCCAUUUUUUUCCACACCUUGCCUUAAUUUUUUAAAUGUUGUUAAAUGUAAUAUCAGUAUCUUUGUAAUAAGUAUAUAUCAAAGUUUGUAAUAUAUCACUAUUGAUUAGUGGGCCAUCAGUCAUUAAGUUACUUCUGCAAAUUGUUUAGUAGUUGUAGCAUAUUCUUUGACUUUUUAUGAGUGAAAUAGUGAUAACAAAUCAUAGUCAUUUCUUAUUUGAAUCUGUUUAUUUGAAAAUUUUUGGUGAAUCCUUAUUUAAUCAGUUUGUUACAACUAUCGAAAGUAAUUCUCUCGCAAUUUCUCUUUAGUCUAUCUUUUAUUUACUUGCCUCUACUAUAUUAGUUAUACUGAACAAUUAUUUUAGUUCUUUAUUCUAUUGUAGUGCUGCAUAUGUUUUUUACACUUAUUAAUUAAAAACAAAUUCAUACGGUUACCAGUUGAUAAAUUAAUGUAUGUAGGAGACCUGUGUACAAAGUGAGAUAUUUAUUGUGUCUAAUUAGUGAUACACAUUUCAAUUUAAUAAAAUGACUGUAAUUUGAGCAGAACUGCCUUAUUGCACUGCAUGGCAUUCUGCAGCUCUUGGAAGUGCAUCCUCUUGCAAGCAGUACAUUUUUAUCAGUGAUCAUUUUUAAAGAUAAGCCAUAGA